GUGCAAAGGAAUAUUCAAAUUCGUUAGAAAAUUUUUUUAUUUUUAUAGACGCAUACAUAAGAGCCAAGAUUGAAGAAAUUGAAAGUUGUAAAGAACUUUUAAGAACUAAAUUGCAAGCAGAAACAUCAAAAAGAAAGGAAGAACGACUUGAACAAAGGAUUAAAUCUUACAAAUCAAAUCUCGAAUUAAAAAAUUACGAUGAAAUGAAACUUCAAUUAUUCGAAAGCCUUAUAAUUAUCAAGUUUUGGAUGAUGGUAUACAUGGAAAACUAUAUUUAUGCUUAUAAGUAUUGGUCACUUUCUGAAUCGAAUAUAAAUCUUUCAGUCAUUAAAAACUUUCGUGAUCACGAAAAAGAUAAGGAAAGUAUUUACCGUGAGUUAGAAGAUGCCUAUAUAAGUUUCGGACAUAAUCCUGAUUCUUGUAGGGAAACUAUUAAAUUUGAUGAAAAAAGAUUUAUUGAAGAGCUUAAACGUGAUAAAUCUGUUAUAAUAGAAAUUCCGUUGAAUCAGAAAGAAUUAAAGAAACGUGCGCAUUUGAGGCUUCACAAAUUUAGAGUGUACUUAGAAGGGGCAGUAUCUACCGAUGAAUCUAUCUCUAUAUCUAUUAGUAAUACGGGAAAAUUGGCUGAUAGAGACGAAAAAAACAAUGAAUAUAACUUUAGAUCAGAACCAUUGGAGCCCAAAGGAUUCAAAUACAGUGUGAAUGACAAAAAUAUAAUUAGUAGUGAUCCCAAUUUUUAUGACAAGAAUAAUAAAAUUUAUUUUGUUCCAACGCCGUUCAGUCAAUGGAAAAUUAAAAUUGAUGAUGAUGACGAUAAAGUUGAUUUGGCUGAAUUGAAAUCUAUUGACAUUUACUUAGAAUAUACGAGUAAAUUAGUAACUUAA